AUGGAGAACAUAUCACUUGACAAUUUUCGAGAGAACUUCAGCUUGCAGGCCGAGAACGUUCAUAUCAAUGGUUUUAUAUCAAAGCAGGGUGUGGCCAAUUUUCUGGGCAUUCCCUACGCCCAAUUUCCUGCUCGAUUCCGAACAGCCAGGCGGGUUGAGCUUGGUCUCCUCCGUGGACAGCUGGAUGCAUUACGAUAUGGGCCUCGCUGCCCGCAAAAGACCGACAACAUCCACCCCAUGAUGCACCACAUGUUUGAGAAACUAUCGAUGUCGCAGAGGUGCGAUGAGACCACUUGCUUACACCUCAAUAUAUAUGCUCCACCAGAGUCCGUGGGUGUUGCAAAGCGCUCAUCUUUACCGGCCUUUGUCUACAUCCACGGAGGGGGGUUCAACAAUGGAGACAACACGACAGAAUUCGAUGGCAAUCACCUCGUGAGAAGGUCAAUGGAUCUCGGAAUGCCAAUCAUCAUCGUGACGCUCAAUUACCGUCUGAACAUUUUUGGCUUUUUGGGCUCGAAAGAGCUUAUAGAAGAAGCCAAAUCCCUUGGUGAAACUCCGGUUCUGAAUCAAGGUCUAAAUGACCAGCGUCUUGGCCUUGAAUGGAUCCAAAGGUCGAUUCAUUUUUUUGGUGGAGAUCCGUCAAGGGUCACUCUAUCCGGCGAGUCAGCCGGCGCCGCAUCCGUCUUCUGCCAUCUAAGAGGCGGCCACGCGCUCUUUCAACAAGCUCUAAUCCAAUCAAGUCCUAGGCCUCGUCUGAGGACGCUUGGGGAAGCACAGGCUGCUUUCGAUCAGCUUUCCAUAUCGGCAGGCAUAGCAAGCCAUGCGACAGGCAGUGAAAAACUGGCUGGCUUGCGAGCUUUGUCGCCAGAUCGGCUUCUUGAGUUGUUUGACGGCAGCGUCUCGAUGCCCAUUGAGGAUUCUAAUUGGUUUGAGCAGCAACUGAAGCAAGGGGGUAACGGGUCGUCAGCUUCUUGGUUUGACUUGCCCAAAUGGUGUUCGAGAAUCAUCAUGGGCUACACAAAAGACGAAGCAGCGCUUUUUCUGACACCUUUUCAGAACCUGCCGGAUGCAGCGCUGGUCGACUAUGUGCGAAAGCUUGUGCCGGACAUUGGAGAUGACGCCCUGUUCUCCAAUGGCAAAAGUGCUUUGCAGACACUCACUGAAUGGGCGACUGAGGAGACGUUCGUCAAGCCAACCAUGGAUAUGCUCUCGGAGGCGGCUAAGCAGGGCACCACGGUCUACGCCUAUGAGAUCUUCGUCGUUGACCCUUUUCCAGGCCCACUCCAUGGGUACUCGUGGCACUCGUUUGGCGUGCCGUUGACGUUCUAUGAACCUCCGGCACGAGUCUACGCCCAGAUCGCGGCGACGCAAGACAAGAUGUCUAGAGCACACAUUAAGUUCUUCCACGACCUUGAGCCGUGGGAAGCGUUCAGUGCUGGAAGGCGAAAGAUGCGCUGGAAUGGGGAGCAGACGCAAUUGGUGGACACGUCAGUGGCGGAGAGGAGAGAGGAAGACGACAAGGUGCUGAACCUGACAUGCAGAACGUCUAAAGGAACAGGACAGGAGAUUAUUGCGGCGGCGUUGAAGAUGCAGACAUCCUAG